CUAGUAAGGUCAGCUUUUACUAUCAUAUAUCACGUGAUCUUAUCCAGGCCCUCAAUCGAAAAAUGAAUACCGAUAUGCUCCUUCCCAACUUCUUGACGUUCGAAAAAGCGACUCCUUCGCAACAUUCGCAACCUUCGCAACUAUCGCCGCCACCGAGUAAUUUACAACUACAUUGUGACCACGCUUCUCCUGCAUGAAAUUUCGCUUUCACACUUCACAGUAGAAGGUGGACGAGUUGUUUUUAGCAGCGAUGACUUCAUCACAGACCGCGGAAACCGUUACUCAACCUAUUGCGCCCGUUGCAACAAUGUCUACAACCAAUUUCGCCUUGGAUCCUGAUAAGAGCGAUAUGUAUAAGGAUAUCAAUAAGUUCAAUCUGAACACACACGCUCCCGAUUUCCACGAUAAUAUCAAAUCGUGCUCUGCAGAACAAGACAAGUCUGCUACUACUACAAUGGAUACCACUCUCCCCUCCAUUUCAAUCCAACCAAUGGACAACCUCCCCGAGAACAUAUCUGCCCCCCUGUCAAAAGAGGCAGUUGAUGCUGCAAAGGAAAUGGAGAAACCAGAAGUGGCAUCUCUCGAGAACGAAAUUCCCUCGCUGCCAAAAGCGCCAAUCGAGUCAGCAAUGGAGAUAUGUGACACGAAAAUCGAAGAACACCCACUCGAAAAAGAAUUCCCUGAGCCCAAACCCGAAGUAGAUGGGCAUUCGGGCGAGGAGCAAACAGCUCAACCCACGCAGAAGCGAUCCCAGUCCCCACCUAACAGAUCCAUCGACUCCUUCCCGCCUUGCAACAUGGCAAAUCAAGAAGACAUGGUGGCCGCAGCUUAUCAAGAAUAUUUAGAUCAGGCUGCAAAGCCAUACCCGGAUAUCAUCUUCGAACGCACUUUGCACCCUCAUGGCACCCUUGUGCCAGAUCAGACUUAUGAAAAUAUUCACCAACCGUGGGAUCAACCGUGGGAUGCGAACGCAACAACAGAUCCUGGUGUACGAUUAGAUGGCUAUGCAAAACUGAUUUUUGAUGAUAGCGAAUUCUACAUGACCACACAUCAACUGAUCAUCGGUCGCGAUGUAGCCGCAUACAAUAACAUGAAGAGAUACGAGAAAGAGCAAGCACAGAUAGAGCAGGCGUGGAAUACAUCUGAUUUCACUGUUCGGCCAACGGUCAAGAUCGAAAACCGUUCUGCUGGUAUCGUGGAUCCUUGGAUAACGUUGCAACCAGAAAGCCGGCGAAGUCGCAAGGAAAGGAAGAGUAAGAACUCAGAGUCUGGCAAUCCUUUAUCACACAGUGGCUCUGUACAUAGUUCAAAUCCCGCCCCCUUUCUACCUUUACAAUUCGGAAAUUCGCCGAUGCAAAACCUUGACCCCGAUAGUUGCCCCGUCAUCUAUGUACACCCCCCCUUCGAUAAAGGUAUUGCAGGCUUUAAAGCUAUAUCCAGAGAACAUGUUAGAAUCUUCUAUGAUAACCACCAUGAUAAUUUUCAAGUAGAGUUUCUUGGUAGGAACGGAGGAUUCGUGGACGGUGUAUUCUACGAACACAAGCAGAUAGCAACAUUGAAGAGUGGUAGUAAAUUACAGAUGGGUUUCAUCUACGUCAGGUUCAUGUUACCAGAUGUCGUAAUCGACGACGCAGGAUUCGAGUACUCAGGAGUCGAGCCACUCGAAGAAUUCAGAGAUGAUCUAGCAACUUACUCGGAAGGGGGUAAGGAGAUGAGUCUUAGCUUUGACGACCCACCACGAGCCGGCGAUCAGAUGUCCACCGACAAUAGUGAAUGCUCUACAGAUGAUGGAAACCCAUUUGUUGGUGACGAAAAUACCGAUAAUGAAGACCAAAGAGCGGAUUACGAUCCAUCUCUACGAUCUGAAAGUCUCGAUAAUACUGUCCCACAUAGAUCACAGAAUGACGAGGAACAAGGCACCCAGGAACCAGAAUCCCCGGCUAACAGUCCAACCGACACAAGCCCAAAACCCGCAAAGAAACGUGGACCGGGGCGACCACCUAAGAAUGGCUUCAUGUCUAAACGCGAACAACAAAUUGCCAAGAAAGAAGCAUUGGAGAGAGAGAGAAUUCAAGAGGAAGAACGCGCCCAGGAAGAGCAUAAAGUUCAAGUGCGAAAUCAAGCAACAGCCUCAAAAACUGUACCUGGAAAAAACAAAGUUGGAAGGCCAAGGAAGCAUCCCCGACCAGAUGUCUCGGAAGAAGGGCCGCCACGCCAAAAACGCAAAUAUACCAAGAGACAAUCGGGUCCCAAGGAACCUGAGGAUCGUGAUGAGGAUAAGUUUGAUUUUGAUGGUAAUUGCAUACAAACCAAAAGUGGAAGUUCCAGAAAAGUCGCCUAUGUUUUGAAGGAAGUCACCCACAAAAAAGAGGAUUGUACUGUAGAUCAACUUACAAAGCCACCCACAAAUUAUCUGCAGACUAUUUGGGAGCUGCUACGCGAUGCAGAUCAACCUUUGUGUCUUCCACAGAUUUAUAACGAGAUGGAGGUCAAGUAUCCGUAUUAUGCUUUCCAAGAGUCAAAAGGAUGGCAGAGUAGCGUCCGGCACAAUUUAGGACAGCAUGAGUGUUUUGAGCGGACGAAGCGCGCUGGUAAAGGCUGGGCUUGGUGUAUAAGACCAGGGAUGACUUACCUAAAGGAGAAGAAGAAGAAAGCACCUUCACCUCCAGUUGCAGGUGUUAACCAACCAAUAUAUCAAGCUGGCCAUUCAGUUCCGGGUUAUGGUCCUAAUCAAAUGCAGCCUCCAUCUGGAUAUAUGGUGAAUCCGCAAUUAUAUCAUCACCAGAUGCACCCACAUCCACAGGGAGAGUACCAACAAUACCUGCAGGGUCCGCCUUACGUGGGUCCAAAUCAUCACUACACGCCUUAUCCUGCGCAGGGCUACGCUCCACCUCACGCUAUUCAACCACCUUUCAUUCCUCCAAUGGCACCUCAGUUGGCACCUACUGCACCGGUGUCUUAUAGUUCUCCAUAUGCUCCGAAACCGCCUGCUGCCACAACACAAUCUCAUGGUACUCAGCAACAGCAACAGCCUCCACCGCAACAAGCUCAGCAGCAGCAGCUUCAACAGCAAAAUCCACAGCAGUCUCCCUACCAAGCACAAGGAGUAUCACAACCACCAAUUACGUCUCAAUCAACAACGCCGCCACAGCAACAGCAGCCACAACCAUCAGCUAGCAGCCAAAGUCAAAUGGCCCCUCAGGCUGAACCUCAAGCUGCAUCAGUUCCCGUUCACCAAAAGAGAGUUAUUCAUCCUAACCUAGUUGCUGCGGUAAAUGGGUACCGUAAUCACGUUGUCAACUUAAUGCGACAAAGAGCGCCCCAGAAUGAUGCCGAAGCACUUGUGGACAAGGCCAUAAAACGGGUUUAUGAUAACACCGAAGACGAUCGUUCUCUUGACAGUACGGAACAUGAAAUGAAACUUAUCAAUGGUGUACUUAACGUUCUUAAAUUACCACCGGUUCCUCGUCAGCCUCCUGCCAACCCGUCUCAUCAUACCCAACAACAACAUUCUGCCCCGCAACAACCUUUCCAGCCGUCGGUUAGUACAAACAAACCACAAGUCAACACAUCUCAACAGCCUGGAAAAGCUUCUGGAUCAGACCUUCCAAAACAGACGACGAUCAUGCGCCCAUCGUUUUAUGGAAACAACCAAAAUCAAGCCGGUGGUCCUUCUGUGCCCAGACCACCAUUGAUGACACCAGCUUUACCACGAAACAAUUCUGUAUCCUCCCAAAAUGCACCUCCGAGACCAAAUGCAGCCUCAUCCUCUCCUGCGCCGGCCAAUCCUUCAAACCCGCCACCACAGGCUUCAUCUAACAACAAUAAGUCUGGUGGUGCCACAUCACCUGUUGCAAACACUGUCAAUCAAACUAUCGCGCAGGCUGUUGAUCAGAAUGUGCCUAACCACGGACUCAAAGUAGGUGAAACUUUGACGGAGGCGGGUUUUGUACGAAGUUUUCCUCAGCCUCAAAUUUCCACUUGAUGAAACUUCUUGGGACUCUAUACGACAUAUUAUUAGAUAUGUAGAGACAAUUGGUGAGAAGUAAGUUAUCUUGAUUUGAUUCAAAUGGGCAGCAUGCCCACGUACGGAGUAUAUAUUUAGAAUUCAAAAAGUUUUUCAUUACACUUGGACAGCAUGUAUAUGCGAGGUGGGGUACAUUUCAUUUCAUUCAUUGAUGCGGUGUUGGGAGAAACGGGAUGGUCUGGGUCUUUGUGUUUCGGUUGUUUUGUAAUUUGGUUUGGUCAGGUUUGGCAUCGGAAUUGGGCGUGUGUAUGGGCUUUGAUGUUACGACGAAAUGAUCCAGGGCAUAGCGAAUACGAGGACGAGCAUAGGCGUUCUUAUUGAUAUCCCAUCUGCGAGAUGAAUGACAUACUCGAUUCUGCAUAGCAGCGGUGGUUUGUUUCGUCUUAAGGAUUUGGGGUUGAGCUUAGCCAUAAGCAUAAGGUUGGCGUUUUGAUUAUUUUUCCUUUAUGUAGAAGAUACGGUGAGUCUUACGAGGGCGUGAGACUUACCAAACACUUCUUCACUCGGAGCUACCUCCACCAUUCUUGGACAUAGUUUCAUGUGUGCCUAUGAGUGAGAGCGAAGUGAUCGGUCAGAUCAUUUAAUCAUGAUGUUGAUGAUUACUCCUGAUUUUUACUCAACUUGUUCGAUGGGGGAAUUGGACGGGUAUAUAGUGAGAUAUCGUCAUCAGGCGAAAUGAAUGGAUGUAUGUGGGGAUAUUCACAUCAGCUAAGGGAGUGAUGGGAUGGGUGUGUACUUGUUAAAUCGAGUUAGUAGUUAAAAAUUCAUGGUUUACCAAUGGUCUUUUUGUAUGUGAAUGUGUAUAUAU